AUGGUAAUUGACUCCAAAGUGCUGCUCUACCCUGUGCUGUGGGCCGUUGCUUAUGUCUUCGCCCCAUCCAUGGACCUUACAAAUCACGUCCUUGGAGCAACAGCGUUGAGGUAUGCUGUCAACCUCGGUUUUACAAGCCUGGCGCAUAUUGAGAGCGUAUCUUACCACCGGCGUGUCAUCAACAAGAAUCCUCCAGCUAAGCAGCUUGCACAGGAGCUAGAUUGGGACACGCCCGUAGUUGGCAGCGUGAUUGCUUUCUUGCUAGUCGAAAAAAUCACGCCCUUGUUGUCCAACCCCACGGAGUUAUCAUUGACCAGCCUCUUGCUCUGCAUCGUCGGUCAUUACUGUAUAGUGGAACCUGUUUACUGGGCUUUCCAUGUGGCGCUCCAUUGGCCCAAGAUGUAUAAGGAGUCUCACAGCCACCACCAUUCGUCAAUCAUUACAGAGUCGGUCUCUGGCACCUCGCACCCGCUGCUCGAGACAACCGCAUACUUGGCGAUAUUCUCGAUGCCGUUCUUGUUGCCUGCGUUCUGCGGGCACUUCUCCUAUGAGCUGGUUUACAUUUACUUCACCUUCUUCGACAUCAUGAAUUGCAUCGGGCACUGCAACUUCGAGUGCGUCCCAGAGUGGCUGCAGUGGGGCCCCCUAAAGUACUUGGUCUAUUGUACCGCUUACCAUUCGGAACAUCACACCAAGUUCCGAAAAAACUAUCCAGGGGCACGGUGUCGGGUUGCCUCUUCUGCCCGCUGUGGGACUACCUCGGCGGCACGGUGA